UGCUUCGUCGACGACCCGAUCUUCGCGUUGGCGGGGCGCGCGGAGGUGCGCGAUGUCCACUUGGCGCUCGUGCUCAUGUUGUGGGCGGCCUUGUACUUUGAAUUCUCGUGGGCGAAAGCGUCGAGAGGUUCGGAGGCCGGCCACGUCGUCGGCGUCACGGUUGCGGUCUCUCCAGACAAGGUCGCCAAAGUGGGCCGGGCGCUCGGCGAGCUCGCGGCGGACGCGUUCUGCGACAGGAAAGCUGUCGAGGAGUUCGAUGGGCUGUGCUCCUGGGUGGGUAGCAUCGCGCCGGCGGUGCGGCCACUCGCUCGCAUGGUGUGGGCGGCGGCCUGCGCGCCGCCCAGCGGCCGGAAGACCGCAGGCAGGGUCGCCAAGGCGCGGAUCAAGCUGGUGAUCAUUUGGGUGCGUGCGCUCCUGGACGACGCCGUCCUGGCGAUCUCCAGGACGUUUUGGGUGGGCGGCGCUGGGGAGGGACCCAUGUCGUUCCUGGAGACCGGCGACGCCUCUGCUGCGGCCGUCUGUUAUUCCGUCACAAAUUGGACCCUUGAGGACGCGACGGCGCCACAGGCUAAGUGGUUGGAUCCAGCCGCCCAGCCGAUGUGGGAAGCGUGCGCAUCGCUCAUCGCGGUCCACGCGUGGCGUGGCUGGCUGGGAGGGCGGCGCGGCCGUCUCCGGCUACGGGGCGAUGCGAAGGGCGUUUUGCAGGCAGUCGUUCGCAGGCGCGGCCGCCAUGCAGCCCUGAAUCGCAUCGUGGCCGAGUUGCUGCUGACCCUCGGCAGGGCGAUGCGCGACAUCGAG